AAGUUGCUUCAUGAAAUGAGCGAGGAGCACAGGCUUCCCGUGUGUGAGCGGGAGAGGAGUGAGUUGGAGUUGGGAAGCAGAGGAAGCUGUCGACGCGGAAAAGAAAGGAGGAAUGUUGAUCGAGAUGACGCCCGGCGUCGUCAGCCAUGGAGGAGUCCUCGAGGAGCAGCGCCUCGAGCGGCAGAUCGGCUGCAUGGCUGGGUUCCUCCAGCUGUUCGAUCGUGGACAUAUCGUCGUCGGCAGGCGUGGCUUCUCGACCCGCCCGCUCACCACCCCUUCGAUUGCCGGGUCGAGUUCGCCGUCGACGAGAUCAGAUUCUUCUUUGCCGUCGUUGUUUAAGGAGAGCCAGCCUCCUCCUCCCUCUUCGCCGGAGAUAUGCCCUUCCUCCCCAGAGAGCCGGGCAGAGACACCUGCCCGGCGGUCACUUCCCCUGCCGCUCCAGGUCUUUGAGACCUGCGACGGAGGGAAGACGUUGUGGAGGAUCCGCGAAGGUCCAAGGCUCUCUCUCGACAGCCGCGCGGUGAUUGACGCGAAGGGAAAGCUCCAUCGGCGCCAGAUCCAGACGGCUGCUCAGGUUAACACCAGAGCCCAAUCUGACGCCUCCGAAGCAGGGGAGGAGCAGAGGCGAUCUACCAGCGUCGUUGUGCGGCUAAUGGGUCUAGAGGGUCUUCCGAGCCAUCGCCACGAGGGGGGAGCCGAGACAGAUGGGGCCAAGCUCCGGCGAUCUUCCUCUGAGUCACGCGUCCGGAAGGAUCCAUCGUGCAACGGCUUCGUUGACGUGUGCUCGAUCCAAAAUGAACUUCCGGCUCCUGCGAAAUCUGAACAGAUCUCCACCGAGGAGUUCUUUAAGUCAGUCAGCCUGGCCAAGUUCAAUCUCAAUAACACGAGGAAGGCAAUGCCGCCAUCCAAGAACGCACAGCUGCCGCGGAAGGUCUUCGACGCCGAGGACUUCUACCCGGAUCCAAAGCGUCCUGGGACGCUCUAUGGAGAGAUCGAGAAGCGGCUAAGGAUGCGAGGAAUCCACGAACCUGCGAAGGACAUGGAAACAGUAAAGCAAAUUUUGGAAGCGCUUCAGCUAAAAGGACUCCUCCACUCCAACCCUUCUCACGUCGUCAAUGGCCGCCGCAGUUCCUACAACAACCAGCGCCGGAUCCAAGAAGACGCUCCAAUCGUCAUCAUGAAACCUGUAACCAAGCCCCUACGAGGGCCGACAAGCGAGUUGCCUACGCUGCCGCCCAAAAGCGGCGCUGCACGCCAGGCCCCGCCGCUUCUCCGUCGUGAGCGCUCGCCUGUCGAUCGUCUCGUGAGUGUAGGAAAUGGGCGGAGGAAUCGAGAGCCAAAGUCAUCGGAGAGGCCGAGCUCGCCGGUGAACCGGCGACCACAAAAUACGGUGGUCCACAAGAGUUUGCAGACACAAAGGAGGACCUCACCUGGCGUAUCCCCAAAGUCUAGUCCAAAGAGAUUGGGGCCGGAUUCUCUGGCUAUCCGAUCGCCGAGAAGCCGGCGGUUGACGGAUCCAUCUUCCGAGGAGAGGGCUCAUUCACUGGCGGAGGACGAUAACUCCACCACGUUUUCCAAAAACAGCAGUAUUGCGUCCUCUCAAUUGGACAUCAUGAGACCCAAGGCAGAGGAGUACAGAGGACGAAAUAUCCUGGAGCGCUGCGACAAGCUCGUGCACAGCAUCGCAGCUUUCACCGGGACGGUGCAAUCGACGGAGUCGAACCUGCAACCAAGCCCCGUUUCCGUACUCGAUUCGCUCGCAUUCCUCAGCGAAGAGGGUUCGCCCUCCCCCCUAACCAAGCGCUCCAUCGACUUCAAAGAUCUUCUGACGGAAGACAGGGAGGAAUCACAGUGGUCCUCGAUCGAAUCAACCAUCGGAGGGGAGGCGGACGGCGGACCGGAGGGUGUCGAUCCCGACUACGCCUACGUCUGUGAGGUCGUCCGCGCAUGCGACCGCUACGGCGACGCGUGCGCUUCCGUGUACGCGAUCCUGGAGAAGCGCCGAGCUGGCGACUCGUGCAAGGCCGGCCGUCCCCACCGCCGCCUCAUUUUCGACACGGUGGCCGAGAUCCUCAACCGGAUGCGCCAGGUGUACCCCUGGGACGCCUUUUCGCGGGUCGUCAGCUCCCCUCCGGCACCGCGCAGGGUGGAGGUGCUACUUCGACGUGUAUGGACAGAUAUACGGCACUUACGCGAGCUGGCAUCGGAGGCGGAGUGCGGCAUGGAGGACGCCGCCGUGGGUGGUGCGGUGCGGAAGGACAUCGAUGGAAGGAGGACAGGCGACGGAUGGUCCCGGCCGGGCCCCGAGCUGUCCGACACUGUCCUUCAGAUCGAGAGGCUAAUCUUCAAGGACCUCGUCGCGGAGACAAUCCGCGAUCUCGCCACCGCUCGCCGCCUGGUUCCCCGCCGCAAGCUCGAAUUCUAAGAUCCAAAAUCAAAAUCUCGCGCUUGGAUCGAGUUUGAACGGUGCCGAUGUAACAAAAGUUGUAACAGUGACAUUACUAAGAGGAUGAUUUCUUUCCCAA